ACAUAAACCAAUAAAAAACCAAUAAUAUUUACUAUUAUUUCUAAACAUAAUAUUUACCUUAGGUAAAAAGAAGAAGGAAAAAAAAAACACAGACAUCGACCUUUCUUCUUCACGGGCAGCUAUGGCGAACGUCAUCUGUCUUUUCCCUCCGGCGUUCUCUCCGGCGUAAAAGCUUAAGCCCCGGCGAACCAUCUUCUCUGUUUCCUCUUCCAUUUUCUCUGUUUCUUCUUCCAUAUUUUCUCUUUUCUCGUUUCUGAUUGAAAAAAAUCACAAACCUCGUUUUUUCCUCCGACGAAGAAGGGUUGAUAAUUGGCGUCGGAACAAACAAAUCUUCGCCGAUUGUGACCUAUAUCCUGCUAUUCUUCCUCAAACACCAUUCAUCCUUUUCGAAAUUGAAGGAAUGGAAAUUGAGCUUCCUAAACGCAUAGCUGAAGCAGGGACUGAGCACCAUAUCGAUAAGAUUAACAACCAUUGCAGGCUGAGAGUUCUGAAGAUACUGAAGCAGGAACUUGAGGACGAGUACAAAGAUGUUUUGAAGGAUCCUGUAUUCGGUCCGAUUUUAGCUAUUAAUGAGCAUCAACUUGGAUACUCAGGGAAGGUUAUUCACAGCUUCGUAUGCAAAAUGCUAGACGUUUCCAAGCGUCACGAGUUAUGGUUUCAGUUUGCAAGGAAGCCUCUUCGGUUUUCCAUGCAAGAGUUCUAUGCUGUGACAGGUCUUAACUGUGUAGCAGAGAAGAACAUUGAUUUUGAGUCUUGGAGAAAUGAUAAGGGGUUUUGGGGCACUUUGCUGAAGCGAAAUGAAUCUGUAGACAUGCAGACGAUUAGGCUGAAGCUUAUUACGGAGUGCAAGAACUGGUCGCGUGUGGACAGGGUGAGGCUAGUCUACCUUUGUGUCAUUUGUUUUGUGAUGGCUAAGGAUGAGAAGAUUGAUAUCCCUCAAGAAUACAUAAGAUUAGUCAUGGAUUUUGAUAAAAUGAGGAAGUAUCCGUGGGGUCUUCAUGCUUACGAUAUGCUAGUGGAGUCCAUCCAGAAUGCAAGGUCCAAGUUGAAGAAAAACAGCUAUGUAUUAGAUGGAUUCUCCUAUGCUCUACAGAUUUGGCUUAUGGAGGCGAUCCCAGACAUUGGUACUUUGCUGGGUCAAAAAUACCAAGAAGGCAUAACCAGUGUGAGAUGUCGGAACUGGUAUGGACAUGGAAAGGUUUCUUAUCAUGAUAUCACUGCUCUAGAGGCUGCACUUGGACAGAGGGCGGUUGUGUUUCCAUUCAUAUCUGAAACCGGAAACAAUGAUGUCGUUGCUGAUGUGAAAUUCACAAGGAAGGAAUGGAAAACCCCAUUGACUUCAUUUAAGCCCAAGGAAACUGCACUGCCAUUUUUACGGGAUAUAGAAUUGCCUGAGGAUCGUGUAAAAGACAAAGAUUACUCUUUGGUUUUUGUCCCCGAAGAAUCUUGGGUCAAACUCGUUGAGUGGUCCGUAACGAACAAGGAACUUCAGAUUGGACCUUCUUUGUUUACAAAAGAGAUGUCAGCACGUAUUGUUGGACCUACGGAGUGGUUAAAGAACUUUAAAGUAACAAGAACUUUUCAGGAUAUUGAUGCCAUGUUAUUCUUAUUCCGGGAAAGGACAACAUUGGGUCGAUGGAAGGUAAACAAGGUGGCGUUCAUGUCGUGCCUAUUCAGUUCCCAACUCAAGUGUUCAUACUCCACUUUCAAAAACGACAAGAAUAAGUUUAAAGUAGAAGGAUUGCUACUCGAGUACGGGACAGGUCAACUUCCUCCUCAUGGAAAAACGGGACUAGUGUGGGAUGUGGACGUCAGCCGUAUGUAUGUUCCGGUUUUCGUCCAUGGUAACCACUGGAUUGCUCUCUGCGUUAAUUUUGUUACUCGAACGAUUGAAGUCUUCGAUUGUGCUGGUUUGAAAUACCAAAAAGAAGUGGAGCCGUUUGCGCAUCUUAUCCCUCGGAUUGUCAAAGCUGUCCACCCAGCUGAGAACAGGAAGCAUUUCAACGCUAGAGCAUAUAAAGUCGUCUACGUCCCAGUGCCAUUCUUAAAUGCAAGUAAUUGUGACUGCGGAAUUUAUGCACUGAAAUUCAUCGAGUGUCACGCUCUAGGCUUGGAUUAUACACUGGUGAACGAUGACAACAUCCGUGAAGCCAGGCAGAAGGUUGCAUAUGAUCUUUGGGAAGCUGCAAACGAUCCUGAGCUGAUGUUUCGAAUGUCAAAGUACUCACCUCCGAAGACAGUUACUUCUAAAGUUGUGGUGCUUCCUUAG